AUGUCGGCGCUUGCCUCGACGUCGAGGACGCUGUUCCGCGGCGCACUCGCACAGGCAGCACGGCGACAACCCUCCCGCGCGCUCGCAACCGCCCCCGAGACCCAGACGACCACCACCGUUGAGGAGGAGCGACCCGAGGUGCGCGAGUCGGCGGCGACGUAUCAGGCGCCGCUUCCGGGCUCUGCAGUCCUGCCAGACAUGUUCAAGGCGCCUGCGAAGCUCCCCGGGCAGGACUUGGUGGGUGGACUCCCUGGCGCCGACGCCUACGCUCGCCCGGUCAUCUCGAGCGGCCCUCGAAAGGUCCGCUCGUACGAUCCCUACAAGCUGCACGUCUUCUCGAGCCGCAACAACACCAUCCUCACCUUGUCGGCCGUCCGCCGGUCCACACACCCCGCGCUCGCCAGGUCGAGGGGUCCGGAGCAGGACGAGCACGAAGUCGCGGUGGGUUGGGUCAGCGGAGGGUCGGCAGGGUUCAAGGGCGCGCAGAGGUCGACGUACGACGCGGGAGUCGAGGUCACCCUCCAGAUGGUCAAGCGCAUCCGCGAGAUGAUCAACCCGCCCGUUCUCGCUGGAGGAAGGAAGCCAAAGACGAUGGGACCGGCGCCGACCGAGAUCGAGCUCGUCUUCAAGGGUUUCGGAGCAGGGAGGGAGGCCGUCUUCAGGACGCUCAUGACGGGAGAUGCCGACGUCGUGCGGUCGUUGAUCAGGAGGGUCACGGAUGCGACGCCAAUCCCCGUCCCCGGUACUCGUCCCAGGAAGCGGCGGAUGGUCUGA